AUGUUUGCGAAGCAGUUGUUAGACAUUGGAAAUAAUAAAGUUGCAAUGGACACCUCGACCGGAUUCAUCACAUUACCUACAGAUUUCUGUCACAUCACAGAUUCAAAAGAGGAGCUUAUUCAGCGAGUUUUCCCAGAUAUAGCGCAAAAGUUCAAUAACCAUAAUUGGCUGGGUGAACGAGCAAUAUUGGCAGCGAAAAAUAAAGAUGUCGAGGAUCUCAAUGCAAUCAUUCAGAAUUUUCUUCCAGGACAGUUGGUUUCCUUCAAAUCAGUCGACACCGUUAUGAACCAAGAUGACGUAGUCAACUAUCCCACGGAGUUUUUAAAUUCACUGGAAUUGCCUGGAUUACCACCUCACAAUUUGCAGUUAAAAGUAGGAUCAGUUGUAAUCAUGCUGCGUAACAUUAAUCAACCUCGACUAUGCGAUGGAACAAGACUGGCUGUGAAAAAGCUGAUGAAUAAUGUCAUUGAGGCAACAAUCAUAAAAGGAAAAUACAAAGGAGAGGAUGUCUUGAUCCCGCGAAUACCUAUGAUUCCAACGGAUUUACCAUUCGAUUUUAAACGCUUACAAUUUCCAGUACGUCUGGCCUUUGCGAUGACAAUAAAUAAAUCGCAAGGACAGUCUUUAGAGGUAAUGGACGAUCGUUUGGAAAAAGAAAUUAUAGAAUUCGGUGCCACCAAUGUAACCGGGUUUCGCAUUGUUGAUACUAAUCGUCGGUUCUUACAUUGA